UUUAGUUUUUUAAGAAUUAAGUAUAGUUUGUGGAAUGUGAUAUUUUAGUACAUUUAAAACUGCCGUCAAUACAUAAUUAAUUUUAUAUCUUUCAUAGUCAAAGUCGGUUCCUAUACUUUAAUUGUAUACCACUAAGAAUACAUCGAAAAACUUUUUAAAAUGUUGCUUAAAUUGCUCAUUUUAACCUUUUUGCUUAAUGUUAAUGUAAUUAGCAGUGAAAAAUUACAAAGUGUAAGCGAUGAUGAUUUAUUACAACUAAUAAAAGAACAAGAAAAACUAAUAGUAUUGUUUCAUAAGCCAAACUGUAAAGAAUGUGACAAACUAGAAAAAAUAAUAGACAUCUUGGAAGAAGAUUUUGAAAAAGAACUCAAUGCACCAUCUGUGAAGGUUGUGAAUAGUCAUCUAGCUAGAUUGUACAGUCCAACUAAGGAACCUGCACUCGUAUUUUUCAGGCAUGGAGUACCUUUGCUUUAUGAUGGUGCAGCUGAAGAGGGCGAAAUAUAUGGUUAUUUGGAAAAGAACCAGUCUCCAUCAGUAAAAGAGUUGACAGAUAAAAUAUUUGAACAUAUGACACAGGCAGCAACUGGUGCUACCACAGGAGACUGGUUUGUCAUGUUGUGAGUAAAUAGCAAAGUUAUUUUGACUUUUGAAUCAUUUUU